GCUUGGAUAAACCACUUGCUCCUCAGCAGGUGUCUCCUUAAAUUUUGCAGAGGUAGUUUGUGAAUCACAGCUGUUGCCUCUGACAGUGAAGUGACAAUCUAUCUCUGACUUGUAUGCAGCUGCGAGCAGGAUGGGCUCAUACUGGAGUGCUCGUGAGAGUGAUGAAUGUCCCUGCUGUUCAUUCUUUGUGAAAAUCAUAAGAAUGAAAAAUCUAAGAAAAGCAGAUAUGUUUAGCCAAACCGAUUGCUACAUAAACCUGUCCUUGCCCACUGCUUCCCCGGAGACUGUCCGGACCAAAACUAUUAAGAACUGCAAAGAUCCAGUGUGGAAUGAAACAUUUUGCUUCAGGAUCCAGAGCCAAGUAAAGAAUAUUCUUGAGAUGAAAGUCUAUGAUGAAAAUGCAGUCACUAAAGAUGACCUCCUCUUCACUGUUCUCUUUGAUGUUGCUAAAAUCCAGCUUGGAGAAACUGUUAAUUUGACAUUUCAACUAAAUCCAAAGACGCAGGAGAUCCUAGAGGUUGAGUUUACAUUGGAGAGCAUUCCAGUCCCUCCUGAAAAGCUUGUGACUAAUGGUGUAUUAGUGUCUCGUGAAAUUUCCUGCUUGGAAGUCCUAGUGGACAACAGAUGGACAAAAAAAGAACCUUCAGAAAAAGACUUCUUGUUUUCACUGAAGGGAUCAUAUGAGAAGAGCCAGACCCUGUCACUGGGCUCUUUCUGGCAACCUCUGAAGCCCCUGAACUUCCAUUACAUCAAGUACAGCCUGUCAGAGCUGUGCAUGGCUCUAGCAGAGAAGAAACCUCAUUUCUGCUCGUGUACUUCAGGUGAAGACAAAAAAGACUGUCAUGCAUCCCUCACUAUUCCUCUGGAUUCACUUCCAUUCAGUGAGAAAGUGGCAGUAGCAAAGGAUGAGACAGUCAAUUUACAUGUGAAGUCAAAUGACUGGUCCAGAAACUUAGAUGUUCGCUUGGAGUUUGAUCUAUGUACAGGGGAGAAAAAUUUCCUACAGAAAAGGAAGAAGUUUGUGGCUUCUGCUCUGAAAAAAGCACUACAAUUAGAACAAGACCUACAAGAUCAUGAGGUACCAGUUGUAGCAGUGAUGACAACAGGAGGUGGCACCCGGGCAUUGACAUCUCUGUUAGGCAACCUGUUGGGUCUUCAGAAACUGGGUCUCUUGGAUGCUAUUUCAUACAUCACUGGGUCAUCUGGUUCAACGUGGACUUUGUCACAUUUGUAUCAGAGUGCUGACUGGUCGCACAAGGAUCUAUCAACACCGAUUGGAGAAGUCCGCAGACAUAUGACCAAGUGCAAGCUAAGCUGCUUUUCCCUGGAGAGCUUGAAAUACUAUGCAAAGGAGCUGAAACUACGGAAGCAAGAGGGAUACCAGCUCUCUAGUGUUGAUUUUUGGGGGCUUCUGCUGGAAAAAGCAUUAGACGAUGGGAAAAAUAACCACAAACUCUCAGAUGAGCAAGAGGCAUUGAGUCAGGGUCAAAAUCCCCUACCUAUCUACAUGAUCCUCAACAUCAAAGAAGAUUACAGCCUUUCAGAGUUCAAAGAAUGGGUGGAGUUCACCCCUUAUGAGGUUGGGUUCCUAAAAUACGGUGCCUUCAUUCGUGCUGAGGAUUUUGGCAGUGAGUUCUUCAUGGGUCGCCUGAUGAAGAAGCUUCCUGAGUCCCGAAUCUGCUUCAUGAAAGGCCUAUGGAGCAAUGUCUUUUCGUACAACCUCUUGGAUGCCUGGCAUUCGUCGAAUCCUACACAGAGACGCUCACUGAGGUGUACCCAACACAGCACUGUUGAUAUUGGAGAAGAGCCUUCUUCAUCAGACAGGAGACAUGAGUUGGAGACUUACUUGGUCACCCCUGAAUGUGGCAUCAUGGGCAUCAUUCGGCGGAUCCUGACAGAGCGGGUGAUGGUUUCAAAGUUCUACAACUUCCUGAAGGGAUUCCAGCUGCACAAUGAAUACCUUCAGAACAAAAACUUCUGCAUAUGGAAAGAUACUGUACUAGAGCAUUUCCCCAACCAGCUGACAGAAACAGCAGAGUUCAUGUGCCUGGCAGACACAGCGGGAUACAUUGACAUUAGCUACCCACCACUCAUGAGGCCAGAGAGGAAAGUGGAUGUUGUCCUGCACUUAAACUAUUCUUCUGGAUCACAGACGUUGCCUUUGGAAGAAGCAUCCAAAUACUUUCAAAAGCAGGGAAUCCCAUUUCCCAAAAUCCAAAUGAGUGAAGAAGAGAAGAAAAAUCUAAAGGAGUGCUACAUCUUUGAAGAUACAGAGACCCCAGAGGCACCGACUGUGGUGUUUUUCCCGCUGGUGAAUGACUCCUUCAGAAAGUACAAAGAGCCUGGUGUGGAGCGCAGCCCUGCUGAGAUGGCUCAGGGCAACGUGGAUGUUUCCACCAUUUUUUCCCCCUACUGCUUAAACAGCUUUACCUACACAGGAGAGGAGUUUGACAAGCUGAUAGAACUGACCAGCUACAACAUUCAGAACAACCAACAUCUGAUCCUUCAGGCUUUGAAUUCAGCCAUAGAGCAGAAACGCCAGCACAAAAAAUAAGUACUCGCCUGAGUUUCAGGAAGAUAUCUGCAUGAUUUUUUUUUUUUAAAUUCUUCUCUGGAGAGGAAUCAAGAACUGUCUUCAAAUGAGCAUAGUAGACUUUGGAAAGUAAAGACUUGUCUCAGGCUGUGGUUCCUCUCUACCACAUGGUGAUCUUAGAUCAACCAAUCAAACAAAAUAAUGAUUAGACUUGCACUUUAUUUAUGUUGGAUUUCACUGCUGCUGAACGUUUUUUUUUCCCUGCAUAUACGUGCAUAUGCAGUAAAUUGAAGGUCAGAAAAUAUUGGAUUUAUUGAAAAGUUUUUGAAAUGCAUGAAUCUGGGACAGCAGUGAAAAUUCCUUCAAAAUUUAUUAUACUGAUGGAAAUUGUAUGUGAAGUGAACACAAAUGAGCUAUGGAUAUUUAAUUUAUUCCAAAUCUAGUGCAACAGAAAAAUACAUGAUAAAUGUGGACAAUUUCAAAGAACAUGAAAACUAUAUUUUCCUAUAAUGUCAGGAAGGAAUUUUUGCUAGAAAUAACAUGCCAAGCUAAACAUAAAAGAUAAUCUGGGACUUCACGUAAAAAAUACACAUUUUCUAUACUUUUGAAUUUAAAAAUUUUAUUACACCAGCAGUAUUCAGCUUUUGAAAAUCUCUUGGAAACUACUCUUUCAAACCAUUUUGUAAGUCAGGAUCACCUCUUCCAGUGCAGUUAUAGCUAUCUAAUCCACGGUUCUACUUUCCACUGAACUUUCAUGGUAUUUAGAUGAUCCAGCUCAGCAUCCACAUCCUGCUAAUUUCAGCAGUUUUCAUAGUGUUUCUUGUUAUUAUAAGAUGGGAUGCUCUGAGAAUUAAAACAUCACAAACUGAGAGGCUUUGUGGUCAGAAGGCAAGCUAAGUGUUUUACACUGAUAUCCAUGCGUAAUUAAUGGGAAAUCACAUAACUUUGUGAGUCCCUGCUUGUCUAAAAGUAAGUUAGGAUAUAUGUGACUACUAUAAAUAGUACAAAGUAAUUUGUUGAAACUGCUUAUUUUUGAGAUGAAGACCAAAACAAUUAUUUGCUUUAGGAAGAAUUUUAAUAUGACAAAUACAUUGUAAACCUGUUUCAUUACAACAAAGAUACUAAUCUAAAAUAAAAAGAUAUAAUGCUUCA